AUGGAGCACUGCGUUUCCCUGCUUACCAUUACUUUGGAAAAACAGAGGAACGGGGAGAAAGCGGCGAGGGGCAAGGAGAAGAUUCAGCGAGAGACCUUUAAGCCUGCUGCGUCUACAAAAAAGAGAAUCUCCAAACGAACAGCGAAGGAAGAGACACCAAGCCUCAGCACAAGACCUCAACAGGCAGAGGAUGUUGUGAAGGAGCACCUCAUGCUCCACCAGCCUGUCUCAGAUCAGCGCUUCCCCAGCGGUCUGGUGCACUUACUGAUGAAGCACCUGGUGGAUGAAAGGCUCACUGCCAUGGAGUACAGCCCGGCAUGUUCAGCUGUAGCUACCAAGCUGUCCGAUUCCAUUAAGGAUGCGGCUAAAAGCCUUUCCAGUGGACGCUAUAAACUCAUUUGCCAUGUGGCCAUUGGGCAGCUGCGUAACUCUGCCGUUUCCUGCACGAGCCGCAGCAUCUGGAGUGCAGACACAGACACCUUCACAGAGUACCUGUUCAAAAACCAGCAUCUAUUUGCACUGUGUGUUCUCUUUGUCGUGUACCAAGAGUAG